AUGAUCAACGCGGUGCUGGUUUUCAACAACAAUGGUCAGCCUCGUCUGACCAAAUUCUACACACAACUGGUACACCGACACCCAUACCUCACCACCGUCCAGAGCUGACAGUCCACCAGGAUACCUCCGUUCAACAACGCCUCAUAUCCGAGAUCUUCACUCUUGUCUCUGCACGUCCAGACUCAAGCUGCAACUUCCUUCCACUUCCACCCCUCCUCGCCCCAGCCUCGAGCUCCUCCACCAACUCCAACGAGCACAACGAUGCGCCUUCCCUUGUAACCUACCGACACUAUGCCACGCUCUACUUCAUCCUCAUCUCCACUUCCACCGAAUCGCCUCUCGCUUUGCUUGAUCUGAUUCAAGUCUUUGUUGAAGCACUGGACAAGCUGUUCGAGAACGUUUGCGAGCUUGAUCUUAUCUUCAACUUCGAGACACUACACGCCGUCCUUGGCGAGAUGAUCGUAGGUGGCGUGGUGGUAGAAACGGGACUGGAUAAGGUGGUCGAGGGCGUAAAGGCGCAAGGUAGGGUAGCUAAGAGGCCUGUGAAUGAAAGCCGACCGGGCAUGGGGCUUGGACAGGGCAUAUGGGCUGGUCGAUGA